AUGAAAGCAAAAGUUGGUCCCGCGACUGUCCUGAGCGAAGAAGAGAAAAAUUCUCUUGAAGAUGUUCUGCUGUACGCUGGUCCUGUGCAACGACGGUCGCCCGAUCCCUUGGGAUCCAGAGUAGGGUCCGGGGAAGGACAAGCUAGCUGGCUGUCGGAGCGCACGACUCGCAUCUACGAGUCAAACAGAAUCACCGAGGGCAAGGAGCCUCUCAUCGUCGAGUUCUAUAAGAAGUGGGCAGCUCUCCUCGACGAGCACAAGCCGAAGGCCGACCACGUGCACAACACGGACGAAACAAGUACCACACCGCAAGGCACGACGACGAUGAAGGCCUUCGCGGAGGCAGGGCAGAAGGUGGUUGCGUCGAUGCGGUCCAACUCGCGAGGGAACACCACCGUGGUCACCACCAUCAGCGCCAAUGAUGCCACGUGGGCGCCAACCAUUAUCUUCAAAGGACAGCAACUCCAGCCUGACUGUUUCGCCGAGAGGAACGGCCCGAAGGAUGCCAGGUACACGUGCACGAACUCUUCGUUCAUGCAGGGCGACGUGUUCGUCAAGUACCUCAAGGACUUCCACAAGCAGCUUGACGACCGAAGCGUGCUCGACGGAAAGCCGCACAUCCUCGUGCUUGAUGGGCAUGCCUCACACGUGAGCUACGAGGUCAUCAAAUUGGCCAUGGAACNUUCGCCUAGCCGUGGUCAAGGAGCGGCUGCAGCACAAGGGGCGGCUUUGCCCGUUCGCCAGCCGGCACCCUCCUUGUCCCGGCCGCCUAUGAGGCUCUCNGAACUCAACAUCAUCCUCUUCCAGCUGCCCUCCCAUACGUCGCACAUCACCCAGCCGUUGGACGUCGUCGCUUUCGGAACCUUCAAGAAGGAGGUGACUGAAGUGCUGCAAGACUAUUACCACGCAAACGGCGGGUUGUUACCGCUGAAGCGUGACGUGCCCGGCGUGAUCGCCGCGGCUUGGCAAAGGAGCUUUACACCGGAGCGGAACAAAAAGCAUCCUUCGGCGGGGCGGGGCNUUGCAUCCUUCGGCGGGGCGGGGCUGUGGCCUGUGGACAUGGAUCGAGCGCUGACCCGGCUUCAGGGCACGGCGAAGUGGAAAGAGGGGCCGACCGGGCGCCUAUCCCUAGAAGAUGUCCCCAUCGCCAUGACCCACGAGCAGCUGGAAGAGGCCAUCGGAGAGAGGGGCCUGAGGCAGUUGAAGGCGGGAGGACAUACCAUUACCGGACUCAAGUCCAGAAUAGACUANUGGCCUUCCCGACGGAGGCAACAUCAACUCGAAAUAAUUUCUGGCAAUGGUUGACGCAAAGGAACACGCAGACAAGGCAGAGGCCGAGGCGAAAGCGGAGAGGGGCAGGGAGCGCGCAAGGAAGAAGGAAGAGGCGGCUGCGGCGGCGGCG